GCUGCGCUAGGCUGCUCCAGCGGCACAUCUUCCGCGCACUAUGAACGGUUUGAAUGCAGCAGUUCGUUUUAAGGGUGCACCAAGCGUUCCCCGGCGUCCUACGAAAAAUUCAUUUGGCAGUAGUGCUUGGGAUCGGCUAUGUUCCAGUUGUGCAAUUUCUGUGAGGGGACGUUUCUUGAUGCUCGGUAAUGCUGCUUUUAUUUCCAGCUACCUAAUUUACUCGGUUUCCGCCGAUACCAUCAAUGGCAAAGGUUGCGGCCAGUUCGACCAGAGAGAGAGGGAGUCGCCUGGGAUGAACCUGGAUAGGUUUUAUCAACCCUGGAUGGUGUACAUACUAUCUCACUUCGAUCCGAGGCAGUAUCAAACGCAAGGACCUUUUGAGUGUGCGGGCAGCAUCAUUUCACCCAGAUUUGUACUCACAUCAGCUCAUUGCCUCACGAAUGGGAAAUGUACUCCGACCCUAGUAAAAGUAUACUACAACACUACAGUGGUGGAAAGAGGUCCGUAUGUAGCAGCUAAAGACGUUUUCUACCAUCCCGACAAUGACAGCGUUUAUUGGUCUAAUGACAUUGCCUUGCUCAGGCUGGAAGAAUCUCUUCGCUUCGACCAAUAUGUUAAGCCUGUCUGCCUUGGCGAAAAAGGAGCGGUACAUACGCAUGACGAAGUGGCAGUACCUGAAUGGGGAUUAAGGAAAAAUCAAGACUCGCCUAAAAUGCUGUACUACUCCACCGCAAAAGUUGUGCGAUUCAGCCAAUGCAAAAGAAAUUUGGGCAUUCCGGAUAUCAGGACAAUUAAGUGGAGACGUACUCUACUCUGCACACAGUCAGGUGGAAGAAACGCUAUGGCGGGUUUGUCUGGCGGACCCAUCACUCGCAUCUCCCAAGAUAAACUAGCCGUCCAAGUAGGAGUUGGCUCGCACACUUUCUGCAAAAAGGAUUUCAGGCCAAGCGCUAACACGCUCGUCGCGCCGUACAUACCAUGGAUCAAGAAAGUGCUCAACCGCUGUGCAAUGUGGGAGCGCCUUAGCAAUUCCCAUGACAACCCAGGCAAAGGCAACGAUGGGCAUGAGGAGUCAUAUGAAACGGAAAUACGUUAAAACAAAAUAAGUAUUUCCUUGCAAUUUUCGUCGUGAA